UGUGCAUAACAGCAAUUCGGAAACCUUCGUGAAGCUAUUCGGAACCACACAGAGCAAAACAAAAAAGCUAUUUGGAACCAAAUAUUAUUGUGAAGAAUGAGCGAGUCACCUUCCGCCCAGAACUCCAGCUGCCGCCCGCCUCUCGUCGCCUCCAUCUAAGUUGUAACUCUUGCAAGGAUAAUAUCGGUACUCUCAGUUCGCUCAAUUCUUCUUCCUCAAACCUCGGUACUCUCCAUCACUGUUUUUCCAUAAUCUGCGAUUUGAAAAAGGGAUUUAGUUAGGGAAUCUAAAACCGGGAGAUGGAUCACCAUGAGGACGGUGAACAUCAUAACAAGCAGGAUGCUGAGGAAACUGCUGCUCGGAAUGAAGAGAUUAGAAAGUCAGUUGAGGCUAAAAUGGAUCUUCGUCAGAGGAAUUUAAAUCCUGAGAGGCCUGACACUGGAUUCCUUAGGACAUUGGAUUCCAGCAUUAAACGCAAUACGGCAGUAAUAAAGAAGCUAAAGCAGAUAAAUGAAGAGCAGCGGGAAGCUCUGAUGGAGGAUCUACGAGGUGUCAACUUAAGCAAAUUUGUCAGUGAAGCUGUUACAGCUGUUUGUGAUGCAAAACUUAAAACUUCAGACAUACAAGCAGCAGUGCAGGUCUGUUCUAUGCUUCAUCAAAGGUACAAAGAUUUCUCACCAUGCCUAAUUCAAGGGCUUCUAAAAGUUUUCAUACCUGGAAAAUCUGGGGAUGACUUGGAUUCAGACAGAAACAUGAAAGCCAUGAAGAAGCGCAGCACCCUAAAACUUCUUUUGGAACUUUACUUUGUUGGGAUUGUUGAGGACUGUGGAGUAUUUGUCAAUAUUAUUAAAGAUCUUACCAGUAUAGAACUCUUAAAGGAUCGGGAAACUACUCAAACCAAUCUGACGCUCCUUGCUAGUUUUGCUCGACAAGGGAGGAUUUUUCUAGGACUUCCAAUCUCUGGACAGGAAGGUUAUGAAGAGUUUUUCAAGGGCCUUAACAUCACAGCAGAUCAGAAGAGAAUCUUUCGGAAGGCAUUUCAAAUGUAUUAUGAUUCUGCUGUGGAGCUUCUUCAGUCUGAACAUGCUUCACUUCGCCAAAUGGAGCAUGAAAAUUCAAAGAUUUUAAAUGCCAAGGGGGACCUUAGUGAUGAAAAUGCCUCUUCAUAUGAAAAGCUGAGAAAAUCUUAUGACCAUCUUUAUCAUAACAUUUCAUCCUUAGCAGAAGCACUGGACGUGCAACCUCCAGUGAUGCCAGAUGAUGGUCACACUACUAGGGUUACUACUGGAGAGGAUGCUUCGUCACCUGCUGCUGGGAAAGAUUCUCCUGUUCUUGAAGCUGUGUGGGAUGAUGACGAUACUAGGGCUUUCUAUGAAUGCCUUCCUGAUCUCAGAGCUUUUGUUCCUGCUGUUUUGUUGGGAGAAGUGGAGCCCAAAGUUACUGAGCAGUCCAUGAAGCCACAAGAGCAGCUGGCUGAACUGGCACCUGAACCAGAGGAACCUCUGGUAGUAGUGGGUACUGCAGAGACUCCGUCGGACUCUGCUGCUUUGCAGGAGGGUAAAAGCUUAGACAAAGGAAAGAAUAAGGAAAAUGGAGAGAAAAAUGCAGACAAAGAGAAAGGCAAGGAAAAAGAUGCAGACAGGAAAGGAGAAAGUGAAAAGGAGAAGCUCAAAGUCAUAGAAGGAACAAAUUUGGACGUGCUACUGCAGAGACUCCCGGGUUGUGUUAGCCGUGACCUAAUCGAUCAAUUGACAGUAGACUUUUGUUACUUAAAUUCGAAGUCAAAUCGUAAAAAACUUGUGAGGGCAUUGUUUAAUGUUCCCAGGACAUCUCUGGAAUUACUGCCAUACUACUCACGGAUGGUUGCCACAUUGUCAACUUGUAUGAAGGAUGUUUCUUCCAUGCUCUUACAGAUGUUGGAAGAGGAGUUUAACUUCUUAAUAAAUAAAAAGGAUCAAAUGAAUAUCGAAACAAAGAUUAGGAACAUCAGGUUUAUUGGGGAACUCAGCAAGUUCAGAAUUGCAUCAACAGCCCUUGUUUUCAGUUGUUUGAAGGCUUGUUUGGAUGAUUUCACACAUCAUAACAUUGAUGUUGCUUGUAAUCUACUCGAGACUUGUGGCCGUUUUCUUUAUCGUUCUCCUGAAACUACAAUACGCAUGGCUAAUAUGCUAGAGAUAUUAAUGCGCUUAAAAAAUGUCAAAAACCUGGAUCCUCGGCAUAGUACCCUUGUAGAAAAUUCCUACUACCUCUGCAAACCGCCUGAAAGAUCUGCACGAGUUUCCAAAGUCCGCCCUCCAUUGCAUCAGUAUAUCAGAAAAUUGCUGUUCUUGGAUCUAGACAAGUCUUCUAUUGAGCAUGUGCUGAGACAACUUCGUAAAUUACCCUGGAGUGAAUGUGGGUCAUACCUUUUAAAAUGCUUUAUGAAGGUUCACAAAGGCAAGUAUGGUCAAAUUCAUUUGAUUGCAUCUCUCACUGCUGGUUUGAGCCACUAUCAUGACGAGUUUGCAGUAGCAGUGGUUGACGAGGUUUUGGAAGAGAUUAGAAAUGGACUGGAAUUGAAUGAUUAUGGGACGCAGCAGAGGAGACUUGCUCAUAUGCGAUUUUUGGGGGAGCUAUACAACUAUGAGCAUGUGGAUUCAUCAGUUAUUUUUGAUACGCUUCACUUGAUUCUCGUCUUUGGUCAUGACGCCACUGAGAAAGACGUACUGGAUCCACCUGAAGAUUGUUUCCGCAUCAGGAUGGUGAUCACACUCCUUGAGACAUGUGGGCAUUACUUUGACCGAGGCUCUUCGAAGAGGAAACUUGAUCGGUUCUUAGUACAUUUUCAGAAAUAUGUUCUAAGCAAAGGAGCAUUACCGCUAGAUGUUGAAUUUGACUUGCAGGACUUGUUUGCGGAGCUACGGCCUAACAUGGCUCGAUACUCGUCUGUUGAAGAAGUUGGUGCUGCUAUUGUAGAACUUGAGGAGCUUGGGUGCACAUCCUUGACUGAAAGGGUCAACAGUGACACUGAAAAACCUUCAAGCAGGAGUACUAGUGAUGCUAUCUCCAUAAGUACAAGGGGCAUUACGAAUGGUAAUGAGGCAAAUGGUGGAGUGCAUGAAGAUAUUGGUGACACAGAGACUGAUUCGGGGAGUGACACCAUUGACCAGGAUGGGCAUGACGAAGGAGAAUUGGAGGAAGAGAAUCAUGAUGGUGGAAGUGACUCGGAGGAAGAUGAUGAUGAUGGAGGUGGACCUGCUUCCGGUGAGGACGAUGAAGUCUGUGUCAGACAGAAGGUUUCAGAGCCAGACCCUGAGGAGGUGGCUAGUUUCGAACAGGAGCUGAGGGCUGUAGUGCAGGAAAGCAUGGAACAACGUAAACUAGAGCUCCGGGGCCGACCGGCAUUAAAUAUGGUGAUACCAAUAAACGUAUUUGAGGGGUCCACCAAGGAUCAUCUUGGAAAGGGGGUUGUAGGGGAAAGUGGCGAUGAGGCAUUGGAUGAGGAGGCUGGAGGAAGUAAAGAAGUACAGGUUAAGGUACUUGUGAAACGUGGGAGCAAGCAGCAAACGAAGCAUAUGUAUAUUCCACGGGAUAGCUCUCUCGUGCAGAGCACAAAACAGAAAGAAGCUGCUGAGCUUGAGGAGAAACAAGAUAUCAAGAGGCUGGUUUUAGAGUACAAUGAUAGGGAAGAGGAGGAGAAUAAUGGAAUGGGGACCCAAACAGUGAACCGGAUGCCAAGUGGAAGUGGCAGAGUAGGUAUCCGUGGCACUUUGUGGGAAGCAACCGGUGGGAGGAUUACUGGAUCACGUCAACGAUAUCAUCAUCAUUCAGGUAGCGGAAGUUAUCAUGGUAGAAGAAAGUGAGGAUAUUUAGACUUUUGGAUCCUGGCUCGUGUCUAGCAGACACCUUCGGACUUGGAAAGUAGAGCCUCACCGAAUUUUGGGAAGCUUUUUAUAUCUUGAGCUUUCCCAGUGAUUAUUUUGGUACAUCAUCCUGAGAUACCUAAAGAGAGGAUGAGUUUUGGUUGCAGAUUAUGUCGAAACGUUUCUAAUAGCAGAGAAAUUGGAGAAGUAUUCUGUGCGGCCAUUUUAGAUAAAUUGGCAUGGUUGGUUUUAAAAAAUCUUCUCAUCAUGUUGCAGUGGAUACGAGGUUGAAGAAAUGCAUCAAUGUAAGUGAUGGUUCUCUUUUUUAAGACCAUGAAUAUCCUAGCAUUGUACAUUUGUCGAUAUACGGGGAAAAAAUAGAGAACACGAACACGGGGGCUGUUGGGCUGUACAUAAAAUGAUACCUUGCUUUCGUACCGAAUUGCAGGACCCUGCUGCUUUUGGAACUGCAUUACUACCUGAUAACUCCUUGUAGUCAGAAAUCUUGAGUACUGAUUACAUUCUGGAUUCUGCAUAGAUUUUUUAUUUUUCAGUUUCUGGAACUGGUGAAAGCUCACUGGAUUUUAUAUUUAUAGGGCUAUGGAUACUGUUCUUGGGAUAUCAAAGUAUGUAGAUUGUAGCUGUGAUUCUUAGGUUAAUAACAUGGAUGUGAUAGCGAUACCCAUUAAUGUAGUAUUUGCUGAUCUUGGGAUUCCAGACUAAUGUCAUGUAUUCUGGUUCUUCUUC